GCAAUGUUACCCUUUCAACGCAAACCAAAACCCAAAACCCCCCCAUAAACUAAAUAAUCAAAUUAGUAAAACAAAUAAAUAAAUAAAUAAUGUGGACUGCACGACGAAUCAGUCAAUAAAAAAAUCUGUCUUAAUUUCAUUUUCAUAACGCAUCAAAAUUAAGUCUCUUCUCAUCUUCUUCUUCUUCUUUUCAACUCUUCUCAUUGGAUUGGAUCUCUAACAGGCUUAUGUUUUAUUGGGUAAACUUUCAGUUUUUGCAUUGUUGACGAGGAAAUCUUAGGUUCAUUUUAAAUUUUUAACCAUGGAACAUCAAGAUUUAGUGGAUAAGAAUGAAGAGAGUGUUGAAUCGAUCGAAAAGGUUAACAAUACUGAAGAUCAGGAUAAGAUGAAUGAGGUUGAAGGUGUGAAAUCUGAGUUGGUUAAUGUUGAUGAGAGCAAGGAUUUGCAAUCUGAAACUAGUUCUAUUCAAGAAGUGCAAGGGAGUAAUUCCAAGGGAUCUGAAGCUGAAAUUAGAGUCAAUACUAAUGGACAAGAGUACUCUGGUGAUAAAGAGGGUUCCAAUGGAGAUUGUGAGCCUGAAAGACUAGAGCCAAAUCUGGAUAAAGAGAAGGAUGACAGAAGAGACAUGGAAUCAGCACAUAUGAAUGAAAAGGUGGAUGAAGUUCUGGGUGAGGACCACAAUAUGGAGCCUGUAUUUGAUGGAACAGAGGUUCCUGGGCUGGAAGGUCUCCGGAUCACUUCUACUCGUAAGCAGGAUGGAGAUCAAGAGUCGCCGCGAAUGGUGGAGAAGGCGGUGGCUCUGAAAAACUUUGUUAAGGAGAAAAGUGCAGUGGCAGUGUCCACCAUGCUCCGCCGCCUAUCUGGAAGACGCGGCGAAGGAGAUUUGGGUAAUUUUGAUGAUGAAGGUAAGGAUAUCUCAGAUCCCUCAAAAGAGGGUGAAUCAACUGUUGCUGAAAAGGGAGGGCAGAAAUCUGCAUGGAAUCCGUUGAAUUAUAUUAAGAAGUCAUCUGAUGUUGAUGGAGAAAACAAAACCGAGCAGGGGGAUUCGGUGAAUGAAAAUCCAAAUAUCCCCAUCGACAUGAAAGGAAGGAUUAUACUGUACUCCAAACUUGGCUGCCAAGAAUCCAAAGAGAUAAGGCUCUUCUUGCGUGCGAAAAGGCUUAGAUUUGUUGAAAUCAACCUAGAUGUUUAUCCCAGCAGAGAGAAAGAGCUGGAGAAGUUUUCUGGAUCUACAUCUGUUCCAAAGGUUUAUUUCAAUGAGAUACUUAUAGGUGGCUUGAGUGAGCUAAAGACCUUAAAAGAGUCCGGCAACCUCGAUGAGAAGAUCGACUUUCUCAUCGGUGAAGCACCAUUGUUCGAAGCACCACAGCCGCCUCUUUCUGGUGAGGAUGAUGAUUCCAGUAGUGGGGCAAUUGAUGAAUUUGCAGUAAUUGUCCGCAAAAUGAAAGAGUCUAUUCCUGUGAAGGACAGAUUUCACAAAAUGCGCAGGUUCACUAACUGUUUUCUUGGGUCAGAAGCUGUAGAUUUCUUGUCUGAAGAUCAGUAUCUGGAAAGGCCAGAGGCUGUUGAGUUUGGACGAAAGCUUGCUAGCAAACUCUUCUUUUAUCAUGUUCUUGAUGAGAAUAUAUUUGAAGAUGGUAAUCAUUUGUAUCGGUUCUUGGAUGAUGAUCCAAUUGUGGCUUCACAAUGCUACAACAUUCCGAAGGGUAUAGCUACUGUGAAGCCGAAACCUAUAGCAGAAAUUGCAUCAAGGCUGAGGUUUCUGUCUUAUGCAAUGUUUGAAGCCUAUGUUUUUGAAGAUGGACGUCGUGUUGAUUACACAAGUUUGCAUGCAAGUGGGGAGUUUGCAAGGUAUUUGAGAACUGUUGAAGAGCUUCAAAGAGUGGAAAUUUGGGAUAUGUCUAGGGAAGAGAAGCUUGCUUUCUUUAUCAAUCUUUACAAUAUGAUGGCAAUCCAUGCAAUAUUGGUAUUAGGUCAUGCCUCUGGAGCAAUGGAAAGAAGGAAAUUAUUUGGAGAGUUCAAAUAUGUUAUUGGUGGAUCCUCCUACUCUCUUUCAGCUAUUCAAAAUGGUAUAUUGAGGGGAAACCAGCGACCUCCUUAUAACCUUAAGAAGCCAUUUGGUUCAAAAGAUAGACGCUUAAAGGUGGCACUCCCUUACCCUGAACCUCUCAUUCAUUUUGCUUUGGUGUGUGGUAGCCGAUCAGGGCCUGCACUUAGGUGCUAUUCACCUGGAAAAAUCGACGAGGAAUUAACGGAUGCAGCACGCAAUUUCUUGAGAAGCGGAGGCAUUCUGAUUGAUUUGGCUGCUAAGGAUGCAUCUGCCAAUAAGAUCCUUAAAUGGUACAGUAUAGAUUUUGGCAAGAGCGAGGUGGAGGUACUGAAGCAUGUGUCAAACUACCUAGAUCCAUCUAAUUCAGAGGUAUUAUUGGACAUGCUUGCCACUUCUGAGUUUAAGGUCACAUAUCAACCUUAUGAAUGGGGUUUGAACGCCUAGCUGGUCCUAUCAAGGUUGACUUUGUAGAUAGCAAUAUGAUUACAUGAAUCCACACUGAUUUUCUAUUCUGUUACCCAUAUUAUCCCUAUAGUAAUCAACUUCAUAUUGUAAACUUUUUCCGCGGCAUUUGUUUAAUACAUACGCAAAGUGGAAAAGGUGGGCUUUGAGGAAAGUCAGUAUUAUUAUUUCCUGGUCUAAGAACAUUAUUUGAGUAUUUU